ACACCCCCUACUUAUGACUUGGUCAACUUGCUUCGGGCAACAACAAACAAAACUUGACAGAGCAGUCGGUUCGGAUCGGACGGUGACAGGGAGGCAAGAUGGCCGUCUGCAAGAUUUUUCUCUGCGCUUUAUUAGUGGCGCUUCUGUCGAAGCAAAGCUGCGGAUUUUAUGACAUUGACUGGCUGUGGGACAGCAUCGAUGGUGUAGACAAGGCGGACGGUGACACUGACGCCAAGCAGCAAGAAUGUGGAUGUGAUCAGUACGGCAGUGAGACCUGGAAGGGAUGUGACAUCUUCGGACAGUGUCAAUGCCUCCCAAACGUCCAGGGAACGAAAUGUGACCAGUGUAUCUACGGGUACUGGAACAUCAUGAGCGGAGCGGGCUGCCAGAGCUGUGACUGUGACCUGGUGGGCGCCAUGGACAGUGCGUGUGACCAGUCUACUGGUCAGUGUAACUGCAAGGAAGGCUUCGGUGGCACAAGCUGUGAUACCUGCGCUGAAAACUACUAUGGGACAACCCAGGAGGGAUGUAAAGCGUGUGAGUGUAACUCGGACGGGUCUAUGGUGCAGCAGUGUAACGCUGACGGGACCUGCAGCUGUAAAUCCGACAUCUUCGGAGACAAGUGUGACAAGUGCCGGGAGAACUACUACGACGUGUCCCGCGGCUGUCUACAAUGCCCGGCCUGCUACAGCGACGUUAACGACCAGGUGACCAACCUGCGGGCCAUGGUGCAGCAGCUCCAGCAGCUCAUAGACGACGCCUCGGGCGGGUCACCCAUCACCGACCCCACCUUCGAGGCACGGCUGGCACAGACCGAGCAGGACGCCGCCGACCUGCUGGAGCAAAUACGCGGAGGUGGAACCGGGACGGGGGGCGCUGUGGACGAACUGGAGGACCUGCUGAACGACCUGAGGGCCAAAGUGAGCGGGAUCCAGGACAACGUGGACAGAGGGCGGCGGGACGCAAACGACGCCGCGGAUAAAGUACUCAACAUCCGGGGUAUCAUUGCCCAGAUCAACCAACUGAUGGGAGACAUGAAGGAUUACAUGGAGAACGAGGGGAAGGAUAUCAUCGACAACUCCGGGGGUGACACAGGGUCAGCGUCUGCCGAAUUCGACGAGUUGGUGAAGAAAGCUGAGGAACUUGCAAACGAACAAGAAGGAGACGCCCAGAAGAUUGAAGACGUCUCUAACAACGCCUUAAGUAUCGCUAAAGAAGCGCUGAAGAGGAUCAAGGGCGCCUUGGACCCCGAUGGAUCCGACUCUAGCGUGGGGGCACUGGACGACCUGCAAGCGAAACUGGACCAGGCAGCCAAGGAUCUGGAGAAGGUGAAGCAGGAGGCAGACGCCGCCCUGCAGAAGGCGCAGACCACUGAUGAGAACGCCCAGAGGAUUCUGACAAACGCCCUGGCGAGAACAUCCAACCUGGACGUGGAAGGGCUGAAAACACAGGCCAACAACAUCAAGACAGAGUCGGAUGAUUUGCUGGGGGAGAUUGAUAAGUUGGAUACUGACGGGACAGCUGUUGUGAAUGACGUCACAACCAACCAUGACGAGGCAUUGAAGCAAUUGCAGGAUGCCAAAGAACAGAUCAAGCGUACAGACCAGCUGAUGGCUCGGGCCCAUGGAGCAAAACGAAGCACAGACGAGGCGGUGGAUGAUGCCGAGGCCAUCCUGGCUGACGCAGAGAAGACAUUAGAGACUCUCAGCGACUUCGCCAAUAAGGUUGACGAGGCGAAAUCGGACGCGAAGGCCGCCCUUACCAAGGAGCCUAACAUCAGGGCCAUUAUAGUGGAGGCUGAGACGGCCACCACCGACGCCAACACCGACCUGGGGAGCGCCAAGACAGACGCCGAGGAUGCCAAGAACACUGCGGAGGACGCCAAGAGAAUCGCGGACGACACCAAAACAUCGGCAAGGCAGGAGCUCGAGCGAGCCGACCGACUGGCCCAGAAAGCGGAGGAUCGCCACAAAGAAGCCCAAACUCUGCACACAGACGUGGAGAAUUUCGAUAAUGCUGGACGUCCGUGGGACCUGAAGAAAAAACAGGCUGACCAGGAUGAAGCUACAAUUGCAAAGGCGAAAGCAGAUGCGGAGAGGAUUAAAAAGGAAGCCGACGACACAUUCAACCUGCUGGAGGAAACGGACCGCAGACUACAGGCUAUCCUGGACAAGCUAGGCGAAGGGUCAGACGCCCCCGACGCCGACACCAUGAAGUCACUCCAACAGACAUACGACAACCAGAAGGCUCAGUGGGAAGCCCUCAACCUCAAUCAGUGGCUCGUCAACGUGAGGGCGUUCAUGCAGGAAACGACUGUCGGGCUCAACGUCGACAUCGACGCGCUGCGGAGAGAGGUGGACAACCUGGAGGCCAUCAAGAACGCCCUUCCCGAAGGCUGCUUCCGCGCCGCGACAGGCGUGGAGGGCACCUAGGUAGACAGGCUAAAAUAUACGCUAAACCGUCUUGAUAGAUAACAUGAUGUAAACUUACACAGACAAACACACACACACACAGGAACACACAGGCACAGAUACACACACACACACACACACACGCACACACACACACACACACACACACACACACACACACACACACACAUACACACACACACAUACACUAACACAUAGUGAUGACAAGCACACGUAGUUUGCUCUAAUUUCGAUGGUGAGUGAUGGUUUAACAUCGAAACUUAAAUAUUAUUUCUAUAAUGUUAUUAAGGUUCUGUAAAGUCUAUAGGUGUGGAGUCAGCUACAUGACUAAUAGGUGUGAUUUUCACAUAUUUAAUGUAAGAAGAAAGUGAUUGUUCGUUCAGUGUUACCUAAUGUUUUCCAUCUUUGUGUUCAGUUAUUAUUUUGGUGUUGAUACAUUUAUCUUAUGAGGUUACAUUAAAAAUGGAAAGAUAGAUAGCUUAAUUGUAAGCCAAACGAAGACUAGUUUCGUCAUCAAAACAGAUCAAACACAUCGUUUAAAAUAGUAAAAAGUAGCAUAUGGCGUUUAUGUAAAUGAUACGUUUUAAUUUUUUCAUAGAUUAAUUUACUGAACACUGAAAUGAGAGAAAUAUUGACGAAAAAUCUCUGUAUUUGGCGGCUUGUAUAACCUAUCCUAUGAAUGUUUGUGUCAAGAUGAACAGAUGCAAUACUGAAACGGUUCUUUCCCGAUAAAUUUCUGAUAUCUGGGUAGUUGGGGGAAAGCCUCAGGGCCAAGAACAAAAGCGAAAAAGACCUGGAGUAAAACCCCCAUAAGAGCCCAUCUCGUUUCCCAAAUGGCCAGAUCUGUGAAUGAAAAAAAGACGCUUCCUUCGCGAGAUACAGACUCUUUUGGAACCGGUGCUCCAAAACGGGGGCGUGAUAGGGGAUGAAUAUCCGCUUCUCCAAUUUUAGAAAAAUGAAACUUUUGAAAUUUUUCUGCUUCCUCGUUUUCAGUGUAUGCACUGUCCGGUCUCUGUUCUAUUCCUACUUAUUGCCUUUCCUCAAAUAUGCUUCAUUCUCGAGUUACACACCAAAACGCGAUUUUGCAGUCAGCUGAUCCCUCGCAGAAGUGGUCAGAGCCAUUGCAGGAGUGAACUUUUCGCUGUCGAUCUCAUUACCAUAUGAAUGAAAACCAAGCAGAUGGUGGAAGGACUUUGCCAUUGCAUACGUCUGACACUUGCCUGGUUUCAUAUUGUAAUACAUAAGGAGUCUCUUCAUCAUUAUUUCUGCCAUUUCAGUGUUCACCAAACAUGCAAUCCCAGAAAAAUGUACCAUGUAUCCAUUCAUUUAUUCAUAAUAGUACUGGCAUCAAGUGUGUUCUUCAAACGUUUCACUGUAUUACAAAAUGUCAAGAAGCAAUGAUUCAUUUUGGGAAGAUUUUCUGUAUAUAGUUAGUUGCAGUUUGGGUGUCAUAAAAUGUUAAUAUGGAGAAAUUCGAUAGUGGUACAAUGUGUGAGCAAUUAAAAACUAUUUCUUGACAAAUAUGUGUGGUAUGUUUUCAGUGAUGUUUCUACAUACAUGUUGUACUUUCUAAUUUGGUAGGUUUGUGCGUGAAUAGUGUUCAGCACCAGGGACAUGUAGGUUUGUGUGUGAAUGGUGUUCAGCACCAGGGACAGGUGUGUUUGUGUGUGAAUGGU